UUAUAGGCACCCGACUAAUGCCAUUACCGACAGGCGGGGACGGUGUGUAGUGUGUGUCUGCUAAAUUUUGUGAGAAAAGAAUCGACCAAUAGAGUCAGAAAUAUUGCUUUUUUACAACAUAUUUUACUUCGGGGAUAAACUUCAUCAAAAUUGUUGCCCAAAAUGACGUCUACAGGUAACUGUGUUGGCAUGGAAACUGUUGCUAAGCCAACCUCAAGAGUACUAGCUCCACCGGGUGGUAAGACAAAUAUCGCUCUGGGUGGUUACGGGGAGGACACUGCAUCAGCCACGAAGAGACAGACCAAGGAGGAGGUAGAGGAAGAGAAGCUACAGGCCCAGAAACAGGCACAAAAGGAACUGUACAAACCCUCGCCUCCACAGCCAAUCAGACCAGCAGAGGAUAGCUAUGACAAUCUCUUCGGGGAGGGAGAGUUCCCUGAGUCCGAUAAUCGCCAUCGUGGCAAGAGACGCUAUCCAGACCAAACAGAUCUUGGAAACAACCCGGUGACUGGCGAGCCAAACAGAGCAGGUCCACCAGAGCCAGCCUCAGAACCAGCACCAGAGCCAGCAUCAGACCAGGAACCUUCCCCCAGUGGUAGGCGUGCUAAACCUCCCAAGCUUGACCCAGCCAGCAUGCCAGCAGCGGGCGGUAGAGUAGAAAAUAAGGCUCCUAUCAAAAGGCAGCCGCCCGGUGGAAAAGACUCCGGUAUCUUUGGCUAGUAAGUCACUCGUGUUCCGACUAUCCACCAUUAAACCCCUGCCUUCUCAGCCAAUAUCAUAGAACUCAGCGAACAAAAAAUAAGAAAAUCCGCUCAGCAGGUUUACGUGCUUAGUGGAUUCAUCCGAUUGCCGUACAUCAGCCAUUGACUUGAUGUUGGCAGGUAAACUAUUUUUGCUUAGCAAAAUUUGUAAGAACUGGGCAAAUGUGUGUGCCCAAUGGUUCUGUGAUAUUGGCUGUCAAUUUGAGACAUUGGCCUAGAACUUAAUGGUACUUGUUGUUACGCCUUGUUUUGUUUGUAUUUGCCAAAAAAACAAGGUGUGGAAUUGUUCGCUUUAAAAUUCAGCAUUUAAACUUUUCUCGCUGCCUGUGUAUGUAAACAUUUACAUGUGGUUGAACUGUUUUUGUUUUGUUACUGUACUAAAAUACUGGUCAUAUUGACAGAUAUGUAAAAAACGGAAAAACUGCACUGCACCACUGUUGAUACUUUUUGGAUGAAUGAAACUUAAAUCAAGUUGAUUUUACACAAUUUUUUUCUGCACCCACAGAGCAACACUUAAGUCGCUUUAAAAGGCCACAGAAGUAAUUGGGCAAAUUCAAUUAACUGAAUUGCCUGCCAUGGCUUUUUUUCUUCUUUUUUUAAGAUAAAUCCCUGUAUUAUUUCUUCCAAACAAAUCAAUUGUUACAAAGGAAUUAGAUACAAGGGGGGAAUCCAUAAGCACCUGCAGUAAACCUGUACAGCAAAGUCAGCAUCUGCACUAUUACUUUAAAUUGUUGUGACACACAUUUGCACAUGAGUCAUCAUUGUUAACAUGGAUUGAUACGAACUGAGCAUUUUGUGUUCUGCCAAUUGAAUGUGCCUCCAUAUCAUUUCCUUCCAGGUACAACUUAUUGGAAACUCAUUUUUUUAAUUAAGAGCAAUUAAUAAGAUUCAUUAUGUAGGAUUCUUGAACCUAUGUGCCUGUGUAGUAUCCCAUGUUUUAUCUUUAGGAUCACAUUUGUUAAUAUUGGGGACAGGGUUAAGAGCUAGGAACAUGUACUGUACAUGUACAUGUACAUUGUACACACUGAGUAGUAUAAAUGUAGCCCCCACAACCAGGAUGAAGUAUGUAAAUUUGGUACUUGAAAUUUUUGCGCUAACUAAUUUUGUUCUAGUUAUUUAAGGUUGAUCUAAAGGAUAGUUUUAAAUGUGGAAUGCUUUGACGGUUGUUGAUUAUCAAACUUAUGGAAUGGGAGCUGCAAGCUAGUGAAAGAAAUUCAGGAAUAUUUCAACAUCUGGUGCGUUAUGUAUUUCAUCAUUGAGCUUGUGAUUCAGGGCUUUCUGGCAUCCUAGGUAGUAAGAAAAUAAGUUGAAUACUAUAAAAACAAAAUAGGAAAGCAAUGUGUCACAUUAAGAAUAUUACAUUUUGGUUUACCUUAUGCUUUAAAACAUUGUGCAACAAAUGGUGUGCUUUUUAUUGAUUUGGAAUAUCAAACACAGUUCACAUUGUGUAAAAUGAUUAUAUGUCAGAAAAUCCCUCCUUCACAGACAUUUUUAAUUUAAGGAAAACUAUUGGUGCACCAAACUUCAUGAUGCCCAAUAAAGAAAUGUGGCCAGAUAUUUUGUUUGGAUGAUCAGGGCACAUGUAAUAUUUUCACAGCAAUUGUCAUUUUAAAAAAAUGACACUGGCAAUAUAUAAAAAAAAUUAUAAAACCAAAAUGCCUUCAGGCAUGUUAAACCACCUAUAAGUCAUUUAAGUGUAUACAUUGAAAUAAGCCUGAUUGGAGGAGUUGACAGGAAAAUAUUUAGUGGAUACAAAACAACAAAGGUUGAUUUACAGUAUAGAAACUUGGAAGAAAUUACUAAUUCGUCUGAUACUUAGAUAGUAACUUCUUGUGAGCAAUUCUUGCAAUAUUCAGAAGCAUCCCACCAAUUCAACUCCCUUGACCUCUCAUGAAGUAUUCAAUCAAUGUUAACUUCCCCCAGAUUUAUUUCUAGCCUUGAUCCUGAUGAAAUGAAAUUACAUCCAGACUGGAUCCUUAUGUGCUUCUUGUAGACAAUAUGAAUAAACCUUACAUUCAUGGCAUUACGCUGUAGCACCGUUAGUCAUCAUCUGUCUCGUGAGUCAGAACUGCUUAUGUGAAAUGCUAAGUCACAUGACUGUCAAUUUGUCUUCGAAAUUGCAGCACAUUGAAUGUUAUUGCAGUAAGUAGAUAACACAAAUAAUGACUAAUAUGAAUAAUCUCUUUCAUUCGUAAAGUUGUUUGAAGAAUUUUGCAAUGCAACAAAAUGUUAAUGAUAAAGAAAUUCCAAGUUUGUUUGACUACUAUGCAUUUUUCAUCUUUUGUGAGUGAUUGAGUGAGACGUGCAUAGCACUUUCUUCAUAGUGAUGCAUGUGUAAUGAGUCAGUCUAUACAAAAAUGCUGCUCUGGAUCGUUUAGCGAUAGACUUGAAGAAUACAAAAAUAGCCCUAACAGUCCUGAAUCUUCCGAUUUCAAUACGAUUUUGCAUACCCCCAGGGUUAACAAUCAUUAGUAUUGCGUUUUGUUAGAGAUUUCCAUAUUUAAGGGGACAUGCAUUAUAUUUACCUAUUUCUCAAACUUGGCAUUCGGGCUGUUACUGUACAAUUGUCUCACAUGUGAGCAAGAAAAGAUUGAAAAGAAAGAAAAUGUAGAGCUUAAUUUCAAUGGAGCUCUGUAUUUUGUUAUGAAAUGAAGCCCAACUAUGUAAGACCAUGUUUUGAGAAAUGGCAAUUUUUUUCUUUGACCAAAUUGUAUUCGGUAGUGUGUGACUGAUUUAUAAUUGUAUACUUUAUAAAAUAAUUCUUGUAUUUUGAUUAUAAACUAUUCAAGAAGUUAUAUCAACUUGUUGCAAUAUGUUUAAGUACUCUACCAUAAACAGGUAAAUCAAAGUACUAGCACUUAACUACAUGUACUACAGCAUUCUUUUCAUUGUUUCUUUUUUAAUAAUAUGAACAAGAAGUUCUAGUUAAAUAUAAUAAUUUCCAGCUGUUCAAUUUCAAAGGAAAGAGUUUAUAAAUCUGUCAAUUUCAGAAAGUUGCCCUUGAGAAUAAGCAUGCAAAAAUGCUCAUGAUAUAACGUAGGAUUUAAUGUCCAGUAAUUAGCGCUACAUGUGUAAAGUUUAUUUAUUAUGCAUUAAUAUUUACUUUAAAAAAAAAUUGGUUGAAAUUUAAUAUCUUGGUUUUCUUUAUGUUCUGCUUUAGCUAGUGCUUGGGUCUUUCUUCAGUUCAUUCCAUAUGAUUUGGUUUUGGUUUUAUACUAUGUUUAGAUGUUUUGUAUAGUACUAUUCUACUAUUUAAUAUGGUAUUCUCUUUGUUCUAGUUUAAUGAAAUAUGAAUGGAAAUUUGUUAAAAGUAUCAACGGGAUAGCUAUGCAGUAGAUAUAUUAUUGUGGAUAUUGUGGUACGGGUGUAUAUCGAGCAUGAAAUGCAUUGUGGUGUAGUUGUGUAUGUACAAUGUAAUUGGCUGUACUCACGCUACCCAAAUUAGAAAGUAAACAAAUGUACUUCUAUUGGUUUUAAUACGGUACAGUACUUGACGUGUAUGUCAUUGGAUCCCACAUGUGCAUGAAGGCACACUAAUGUUUGCAUCACUGUAGCAUUUAUGGAAAUUGUUGAUGGAAUGGUUGUAAGGGCCACGACACGAGGAAAUUUACAGGCAACUUCUGUGCAAUCUCCAAGAAAAAAAAGAAUGCAAAUUUUAAUUCCAUGUAAUCUAAGGAAUUUGCCUUAACUGUUGGGGGAAACAGUAAAUUGUUCAUUGUGCGGUUGCCCCCAAAUUGCCUGUGAUAUUGCCUAGUGUGACUUGGCUCUAAGUUUACUUUUUAAAGUCAGAGGGCAUUAAAUAUGUAAAGGAAUGUAAGAAGUUGUAAAAUGAAACACUUGUUUUGUUUUCGUUGUUUUUUUACUCUACAUCUUUAAUUCCACUGAUUUGUCAAAAUUAAUUGUAUCAGAUAAUUGUGAUUUCAAAGAAGAUUUUCUAUGAGCAAAGAUAUGGAACCAUCUUGUAACUGAGAAUCCAAUUUGUUAAAUGUUCAAAUCUGAAGUUAUUCAUAAUUCACACAGAAUAUUCAGCAUGUGCUGUUGUCAAUCUAAAGAAAUCAGUGUUGUUUCCAGUUCCUUGUGAAUUCUUGCAGUGAGAAACAUUAAAAUAAAAAAAGUUACCUUGUGAGACUGUA